AUGGCCUCUGGGGUUCUGGAUACCACGCAUCCUCCGCCGUCAGAAACGUCCCCGUUGCUGGGUGAUAGCUCUCGGGCAGAGGAUGGUCCUUCAGAUGAAGGAGAAUCAGGCAACGCAGGCCUGCCGUUGGUGGAGGAGGUGGCCUUUGGCAAGCUUUUGACCAUCCUGAUGAGCACCUGGCUGGGGGUGUUUUUUGCAGCUCUCGAUGGCACGAUUGUUGCUACGAUUUCCGCGCCGAUAUCAUCCUCGUUCAACUCCCUAUCGCUCAUCUCAUGGCUCGCCACGGCGUACCUUAUCUCGAGCUCUGCCUGUCAGCCCAUCAGCGGCAAGCUGACGGAUAUAUUCUCCCGUCGUACCGGGCUGGUCGUCUCCAACAUCCUCUUUGGAGUCGGUAACCUGAUUUGCGGCCUUGCCACGAGAGAAUGGGUCAUGAUCGUUGGGCGUACGAUUGCCGGUAUGGGCGGAGGUGGACUCACGGCCAUAUCAACGUUCAUCACCUCUGACCUGGUCCCGCUACGCAAGAGAGGUAUCUGGCAGGGCGUUGGCAACAUCUGCUUUGGAGUCGGAAGCGGUCUCGGUGGCAUAUUUGGCGGCUACGUGAAUGAUAACUGGGGAUGGCGAUGGGCAUUCCUCAUCCAGGUACCCUUUAUCGUCGUCUCUGCUAUUCUUGUCUGGAUCUACGUCGAUAUACCCGUCAGAGUCACGGAUACGUCUCGGUGGAAGAGGAUCGAUUUCCUUGGUGCCGGAACUCUGGUCUGCGCUCUGGUUCUGUUUCUUCUUGGGCUCAAUUCUGGCGGCAACCAAGUGCCUUGGACUCAUCCCUUGGUCCUCACCACGAUUCCGUUAUCGGUGGUGCUUCUGGCGGCAUUCAUCUAUAUCGAGGACAAAGUUGCUCCAGAACCGAUUAUCCCGGUCCGUCUGCUCAUGGACCGCACCGUGUUGUCGUGCUGCUUGACCAAUUGGUUUAUCACCAUGGCUGUCUUCGCCCUCUUCAUCUAUAUACCACUCUUCCUACAGGUGCAGGGUUACUCAGCGACCUUAGCCGGGACUCGGCUCGUUUCACAGGCUCUCGGUACUUCCAUAGGCUCGCUGGGCUCGGGAUACCUGAUGCGCAUGACCGGGCGUUACCUAUACUUCAACUACGGCUCUGUCACCUUUAUCGCCAUCGGCACAGCGCUGAUAUGCACUCUCAACCUCGCAACACCAGCCAUGCCGCCCUUCCUCUACCUGUUCAUCUCGGGCUUAGGAUACGGCGGUAUGCUCACCGCCACCCUAGUGGCCAUCAUCGCGGCCGUGGACCAUGAACACCAAGCAGUGGUUACGUCUGCGUCUUAUGCGUUCCGUAGCACUGGAAGCUCGAUCGGUAUAUCCGUUGCCUCAGCUGUAUUCCAGAACCUCCUCAGGUCUGGCCUCUGGUCCCGUCUCGGACACCUGGGUGACGCGGAAAAAAUCAUCCGCAAGAUUACAGAACGCUUUGAGGAGAUCAGCCAUCUUCCUCCGGGGAUAGCAGCAAUCGUUCGUGACUGCUACAUGGGCGCUCUCCGAGCGGUAUUCCUGACCACCUUGGGGCUCGCUGCCUUGGGUGUGUUGGCAAGUUUGGCGAUGAAGGAGCAUAAGCUACAUAUGAAUCUGGCGCGCAAGGACUGA